CAAAGCGGCUGCGGCGGCGGCGGCGGCGGCACGGCAGUAGCAUUCGGUUUGCAAACGCGGUAACACGCGCUGUUCGCGGCCCGAGCCGCCCGCGACCGCUUCCGCGCCCGCUUACCGCGACCCUACCCCAGGUUCCCUUAUUUUGAAGCGGUUUGGUGUCUCAAAGAGUGAUAAAGACUGUGCCCAGUGUUCCUUAUUUAUGUUAAUCAAUUUAUAAUAAGCUAAAUCAUGAAAAUUCAAUAAAAUUAUUGAUGUAAGAUAAUGUGUUUUGAAUAGUGCUGUGGAUGUUAGUUAUUGUGCUUAUAAAUUAUACCAAACAAUGGAGGAAGAAGAUGACGAAAGAAAAAAUCGACGGCCGAAUCUUGCAGCCUUUAGUUCUUUGAAUGCUCGUGUCGUACAUUCGUCAUUAGAAGAAGGCCAUGUACGUCAACAAGCGUCAUCGGAAUCCGCCGAUGCAAACACUUGCUCUAGUAUUUCAACAGCUCAAUAUAGCGAUAGGAGUUUUGUGUCGAAAGCGAGUACGUUUUCGCGAAGUGGCACUUCGAGCUCGAGUCAAGAGGAAUGCGAAGUAGCACACACGACAGUCACGAGCGGCCAAUAUUUGGUGGCGGCUAGGGUUGAAACGGCGCGUUCUAUGGAAAGUCUCCGUCCAAGUAAAGACACAUCUCCAGCACGACCCGCCAGCUCAUGUACCUCAGUGCGGACUCACAGGAGUUCGUUUCUAACGGCUAGCGAACGGGAUGUGCGGGAGACGAGAGGAGCACCUGCUCGGCGAGCCUUGUCCGGUGAGGAUAUGGGCAAUGCCGAAAAGCGACGUGGUUUGUUCGCAAGUACAGAAAGACGUGCUUUACAACAGCUUAGUUUACCUCCCCCAGAGCGGCGUCUUACUAUACUUAGUCCGCAUAGUCCUAUGGCUAUAACGGAACUGCAGUGGCCCACGGCGCCGUCCGGUAUACGCGGACGGCGGAAGAAAGGAAUGGUGCUACCCAAACUCAUCCUGCCUCGCAGCGAUUCAGAUGGCUCUGAUGUAUUUUUUGAAAGCUUCGAUGUGGAAAAUGGGGGAGGUGCGGGCGGUGGGCCGGGGGGCGCGCGGUCUCCCCUCGAGGGAGGCUCUCCCUCCACCGCCCUGGUUCUCCAGGCCAUGCCGCAGCGCCGCGAGUCCUUCCUCUACCGCUCAGACUCGGACUUCGAGAUGUCGCCAAAGUCUAUGUCCAGGAACAGCUCUAUUGCCAGCGAAAGAUUCAAGGAGGUGGAGGCGGCACAGCUGGAUAGAGCUCAUGGAGAGGACCUGAUAGUGACGCCGUUCGCGCAGGUGCUGGCCAGUCUGCGGAGCGUACGCAACAAUUUCCUGAGUCUCACCAAUGUCCCGGUUGCCAAAUCACGACGAUCUUCGGGAGCCGCAUCGGCUGUGACACCACAACCAAAGAAUUUCAAUCCAGGAGACGAAGCCUACAUGAAGCUGGCACUGGAGACGGUGGAGGAGCUGGACUGGUGCCUGGACCAGUUGGAGACCAUACAAACUCACCGCUCCGUCUCCGAUAUGGCUUCGCUCAAGUUCAAACGGAUGUUGAACAAGGAGCUCAGCCAUUUCUCCGAGUCGAGCAAGUCCGGCAACCAGAUCUCCGAGUACAUCUGCUCGACAUUUUUGGACAAACAGCAAGAACUCGAUUUACCAUGUCUACAAGUCGAGGAAGGCUCCGAACGUGCCAAGAAAAAGGAAAAGCCUCGCCAUGCCGGACCGGGGACAACUAUGUCACAAAUAUCUGGAGUCAAGAGGGCGUUGACACACACAAACAGUUUUACUGGAGAUCGUGUUCCCAGAUACGGAGUAGAGACCCCUCAUGAAGAAGAACUUGGCCGCCUGCUCGGUGAGAUCGACCGUUGGGGCGUGGACAUCUUCCGCAUUGGAGACUUCUCCGGUGGUCGCCCGCUUACCGCAGUCGCAUACGCUGCUUUCACUUCAAGGGAACUACUCUCCACUCUUCAGAUAGCACCGAGAACUUUCAUAACGUUCGCUGUCACACUGGAAGAACAUUAUAUACGAGACAAUCCCUUUCACAACUCUCUUCACGCUGCUGACGUGACACAGUCAACGAACGUGCUACUGAACACUCCAGCGCUGGAUGCCGUGUUCACUCCUAUAGAAGUGUGCGCAGCACUAUUUGCGGCAUGCGUACACGACGUCGACCACCCAGGCCUGACAAAUCAGUUCCUUGUCAACUCUAGCUCAGAGCUAGCCCUCAUGUACAAUGACGAAUCUGUACUUGAAAACCAUCACCUAGCAGUGGCCUUCAAGCUGCUUCAAAAUGAUGGCUGCGACAUCUUCGUCAACUUACACAAGAAGCAAAGGCAGACGCUGAGGAAAAUGGUUAUUGAUAUGGUGCUCUCGACUGACAUGUCAAAACACAUGAGCCUUUUGGCGGACCUUAAGACGAUGGUGGAAACGAAGAAAGUCGCGGGCAGCGGCGUUUUAUUACUAGACAAUUACACCGAUAGAAUACAAGUAUUGGAGAAUCUCGUGCACUGUGCCGAUCUCAGUAACCCAACCAAACCGUUGCCUUUGUAUAAACGGUGGGUGGCGUUAUUGAUGGAGGAGUUCUUCCAGCAAGGAGAUCGGGAAAGAGAGCAAGGCAUGGACAUAAGCCCUAUGUGCGACAGGCAUAAUGCUACAAUAGAGAAAUCUCAAGUCGGCUUCAUAGACUACAUAGUUCACCCGCUAUGGGAGACAUGGGCGGAUCUCGUACAUCCAGACGCCCAGGAUAUAUUGGACACACUGGAGGAGAACAGAGACUACUACCAAAGCAUGAUUCCUCCGUCACCGCCGCCUGCGCCCAUCCAGACGCAUUCAGGAGCUGAUGACGACCGCCCCGAACAAAUACGAUUUCAAGUAACGCUUGAAGAGGGCGAAGGCUCAGAAGAAUGCGAGGGGGAGGGCGACGGUGGGAUGUGACGGAAACUACUGGGAAUCUGUAAGAAACUCUCUGAAAGAAUGCAGGUGUGGUGGAAGCUCUGGCAGUAGAGCGAGAGGGCGCGUCGGCCGUCCUUGUCGCUCGCCCUCGGCCGCGACAUCUUGUUGGAUAAUAAUAACACUUGUUGACGCUUAACGUCGAAAUGGGACGAUCGGCGGGUGCAUCGUUACAUUUCGAUCAUGAUUAUUUAUAUGUGAUUAUGCAAUGUUGUUUAGAGUUAACCUAACGACUAAAAUAAUAUGUCCCUCCAAUGACUGUGUAACAUUGAUCGUCUAGUGUUUUAUUAUUAUUGUUUCGUUUUGUCUAACCAAAGAUAUAAAAUUGAUUCUUAAGUUCACAGAAAAAUGUUCGAUAUCCCUGUAAGUAGUUAGUAUUCGGUUCGUAAAUUUAAAGUCGUGUAAGUAGUUUUAGUCGCCGACGCCGCAUAUACGGGGUCGGCUAAGUAAGGACAUUGAAAACGCUUAUUAAUUGGUAUGAAAGGGUAAUUUAUAUUGUCAUAUCAUCCACGUCUCUCAUAUUUACUACGGGUUCGCGAUAAUGAUGUUAAUCACCAAAAUAUAUUACAUGAUAGGUAUCCUAAAUAUAAAUCUAUUUUAAGGUACAUUUUUAAAAUUGCCUUUCGGAGUUGUUGUUGUGUCUUUUUCUGAAUAUUUAAUAUUCGGCCAGCCUCUGCGAAGACACCCACGUUGCCGAGUUCACCCUGAUAGCUUUAUUCCUUUGGUAUACGUAAGCCUCCACCUCAUUUCUUGUUGAGGGUCGCUGGCGAUCCUUUUAUUUUUCUCCUUAGAAUAGUGUAUUAUUUUUGUAAAUUUAAUGUAUUCUAGUUCUCUUUUACCCAAAAAUUUAAAUAGUCAUGAAUCUUUAAAAGUUUUUGUGUAUGCAACUAACGGCUUGAAGUGUUUACAAUAUUAAGUACUAACAAAGAGUGGUUUGUGACUAAGAUUUUUCUCGAGUGAGCUCAUAAUAUUUGAAGAAAAUAUUUAAGAGAAACGGCGAGAGCGCGGGCCGGGCCUUGCAAUAGUACAUACUAAUUAAAUAGUUUCUGAAGCACUUCAUUCGCACAACAUUCUUGUGUAAUCAUGUGUUAGCAAGAACCUACUCAACCCUCAGUCUGAAAUGUCCAUUCGAACCGCAACAGAAACACAACAGAUCUGACUUCACUCUACCCAGUAUUCUAUCACUCAUUUGUAUACAGUCUCCAAAUUGAUUCAUUUUGUUAAUUAGUAGGCACCUUCUCGAAUGAAGAGGACUCAAACAACCUGUAUUAUUUGCAUUUCAUUGUAUUCAUCAUUGUUGUUGUACGAUUUUAUUACUUACGAGCUGGUCUCUUAAACUUUCAUGUACUCAAAAGAUAUUUAUACCAGAUUAAAUGAUUAUAAUUCUUGACAAUUCAUUUUGUUGUAUGUUUUAUUUCUACGGUAUUUCCUAGUUGAAGUAUUAUUUUCGAGUAUUCUCUAAGUCAUCAUUUUAGCAUUCAUCGGAGAAGAUUGAAGGUCCAAUGUAACAUUAUUUUCGUAGGUAAUUUAAGAUUUGAUUCGGCGAUCGAGAUGUGGAAUUCGCCGUGAUGUCUUCAAAUGUCUGAUUUUGAGAAUGCAUAGAAUAGAAUUUGGACAAAAAACAUAAUAAAACGCUUAUCUACUUGUGUGUUAAAAUAGAGACAUUACGCUUAGAAUCAUUUUGUUUUCUAUUGUAUAUGUAACGAAUUGUGUUAAAUAAUGUACUACAGUAGAUCUGUGUAUAACACGUAACCAAUCUUUCGUAAUUUCAUAUUGUGAAGAAAUGUGUACCCUAUUCUGUGCCGCUGUGGCAGUUACCACGUUUUGUGGCGUAUCAGAUAUUAUUGAGAACUACCGAUUACCUUUAGACUCGUAAAAUAUGCUCGUUGUUAACCUCUUAUUUCAAUAGACGUACAUAAGUAAUUGUUAAAUGCAAGAUUUGAUUAUGAUCAUAGACCACAAACAGUGGAACCUUGGCUUUUUUGUCAGAAGGGAAUGUCUUUGGGCAUUUACCUUCUGUAAAAAAAUAUACCUAUUGGUUUGGUUACUCAACGUAAUGGCAUGUCAAAUACGCCCGUGACAUAGCUCUUAUUACUAAAAUAAGAUAAAAAACGGCUAUGGUAGAACCGCUUGCGCAUUGACAUGUCAUACUUCAAUAGUUAUUGUAUUUAGAAUUACCUACUAAAUAAAAUAUUGUUAUUAUUUUUCGCCAAAGUGGUUUCAGUGUUGUGGUACCUAUAAUGUUUUGUCAGUAUGAAAAUCUAUCGCUAAGAUCGGAUAAUACCUAGAUAAAUUAUUAAUACCGAGUUAAAGUGUGCAAUGCUGGACAUUUGCAUUACUUAUUAUUUAUGUUUUAAAUAAAAAAUAGCUUGUAAUAGUUUAAAUGAAUAUUUGAGUUGAAUUAAAGAAUAUUAAUGUAUUUAGAAUAAAAAGAUAU